AUACCUGUUGCCAAUGGCUUUUGGAUAACAUUUAUUCACGGUCGCGUCCGCUGAUUACACAGUCACUCAGUCCGCCGAACAAUUGCAUUGUCACACCGCUGCGCUUUCCAAUUUCGCAAUACUCAAAAUCGCUUUUAUAGCAGAACUAUGUGCCAAACAAUGCGUUGCAUCCUGGUGGUCUGCGUGGCCCUCGCUCUCCUUGCCGCCGGCUGCCGGGUGGAGGCGUCCAACUCCAGGCCUCCACGGAAGAACGAUGUCAACACCAUGGCCGAUGCCUACAAGUUCCUGCAGGAUCUAGACAGCUACUAUGGGGACAGAGCCCGGGUUCGGUUCGGAAAGCGGGGAUCGCUGAUGGAAAUCCUGAGGAACCACGAGAUGGACAACUUAAAUCUGGGAAAAAGUGCUAACAACGGAGGAGAAUUGGUCCGCGCGUUUAAUGAGGAGGAGAUAUUCUAAAUCCACUUAAAGCGACCAAGGCAACGUCACUAACUCAUGAUUAUAGUUAUUAGCAUACGCAUUUUUAUUUAAAUUGUUUAACGGGGCAAUAGUUUAACGUGUUGGAAAAUAAAAAGUAGUUGCAGCUACAGAAUUAAGUA